CCUCGUUUUCCAGGCUUAUAUCAGCUUAAAAAACAGUAAACACAAGAAGAGCUUGUAACAGUUAAGUACACUACCUCUUCUCUCUGAGCUGUUCCACUUCUUCUAAGUAGAUUUGGUGUUGGUUCUUGAAAUUUUAUGCUGGUAGCUAUAGUUCAGGUAGAAAAUUAGUGGGUUGUAAUCUUUUUUCGAUUUCAUAGACAAUUUGAAGCAGAAAAAGAUGGAAGAUAAGCCUGAAGUUCUUGAAGCUGUGCUGAAGGAAACAGUUGAUUUGGAAAGCAUUCCCAUUGAGGAGGUUUUCGAGAAUCUGAGAUGUAGCAAAGAUGGUCUAACUAGCUCUGGUGCUGCAGAGAGAUUAACCAUAUUUGGACAUAACAAGCUUGAGGAAGUCAAGGAAAGGAAAUUCUUGAAGUUUUUGGGGUUUAUGUGGAAUCCUUUGUCAUGGGUUAUGGAAGCUGCUGCAAUCAUGGCAAUUGCUCUUGCUAACGGAGGCGGAAAGCCACCUGAUUGGCAAGAUUUCGUUGGUAUCAUUACUUUGCUUGUGAUUAACUCAACUAUUAGUUUUAUCGAGGAAAAUAAUGCAGGAAAUGCGGCAGCUGCUCUAAUGGCACGUCUUGCUCCAAAAGCCAAGGUUCUCCGAGAUGGAAAGUGGAACGAGGAAGAUGCUUCUGUUUUGGUGCCUGGGGACAUUAUCAGUAUAAAACUUGGAGAUAUUGUUCCUGCGGAUGCUCGUCUUCUUGAAGGCGAUCCCUUGAAAAUUGACCAGUCUGCUUUGACUGGCGAGUCUCUUCCGGUGACUAAAGGCCCUGGGGAUGGUGUGUAUUCUGGUUCUACGUGCAAGCAGGGAGAGCUUGAGGCUGUGGUCAUUGCCACCGGGGUUCAUACCUUCUUUGGAAAGGCCGCUCACCUAGUAGAUUCCACUAACCAAGUGGGCCACUUUCAGAAGGUUUUAACUGCAAUUGGAAACUUUUGUAUAUGCUCAAUUGCUGUGGGAAUGAUUAUAGAGGUUAUCGUACAAUACCCCAUUCAAGAUAGAAAAUAUCGCCCUGGGAUUGACAAUCUUCUUGUGCUUUUGAUUGGUGGAAUUCCGAUUGCAAUGCCCACUGUUUUGUCUGUAACAAUGGCAAUUGGUUCUCACCGUUUGGCCCAACAGGGUGCAAUCACAAAAAGAAUGACAGCAAUUGAAGAGAUGGCAGGAAUGGAUGUUCUUUGCAGUGAUAAAACUGGAACUUUGACACUAAACAAGCUUACGGUUGACAAAAAUCUUAUCGAGGUAUUUGCCAAAGGAGUGGAUGCAGAUACUGUUGUUUUGAUGGCAGCUCGAGCCUCCCGGACAGAAAACCAAGAUGCCAUAGACACCGCCAUAGUUAACAUGCUAGCUGAUCCAAAAGAGGCACGUGCUGGUGUUCAAGAACUUCACUUCCUUCCGUUCAAUCCCACUGACAAGCGUACAGCUUUGACCUAUCUUGACAGUGAAGGUAAAAUGCAUCGCGUCAGCAAAGGUGCUCCAGAACAGAUUUUGCAUCUCGCCCACAACAAGUCAGAUAUAGAACGCAGGGUUCAUUCUAUAAUUGAUAAGUUUGCAGAGCGAGGGUUGCGGUCACUUGCUGUAGCUUACCAGGAAGUUCCCGAGAGAAGGAAGGAGAGUGCUGGUGGCCCAUGGCAGUUUGUAGGUCUCAUGCCUCUCUUUGAUCCGCCAAGGCAUGACAGUGCAGAAACAAUUAGGAGAGCAUUAAAUCUUGGUGUAAAUGUAAAGAUGAUCACAGGGGAUCAAUUGGCCAUAGGAAAAGAAACCGGUCGUCGCUUAGGUAUGGGGACCAACAUGUAUCCUUCUUCGGCUUUGUUGGGACAGAACAAAGAUGAGUCAAUUGCUGCCUUACCAAUUGAUGAGCUCAUAGAGAAAGCAGAUGGUUUUGCUGGAGUUUUUCCAGAGCACAAAUAUGAGAUAGUGAAGCGCUUACAAGCUAGGAAACACAUCUGUGGAAUGACUGGUGAUGGAGUAAAUGAUGCUCCUGCUCUUAAAAAGGCUGAUAUAGGAAUUGCUGUGGCUGAUGCAACUGAUGCAGCACGUAGUGCUUCUGAUAUCGUACUUACUGAACCGGGACUCAGUGUUAUCAUUAGUGCUGUCUUGACCAGUCGUGCAAUCUUCCAAAGAAUGAAAAACUAUACGAUAUAUGCAGUUUCUAUUACAAUUCGUAUCGUGGUUGGCUUUAUGCUGCUAGCCCUGAUAUGGAAAUUUGAUUUCCCACCCUUUAUGGUGCUAAUCAUUGCAAUUCUUAAUGAUGGUACUAUCAUGACAAUUUCGAAGGACAGGGUGAAACCAUCUCCUCUGCCCGAUAGCUGGAAGCUUGCUGAGAUUUUUACCACUGGUAUUGUUCUUGGUAGUUACUUGGCAAUGAUGACAGUUAUAUUCUUCUGGGCUGCAUAUAAAACAAACUUCUUUCCGAAUACAUUUGGGGUAAGUUCACUCGAGAAGACCGCCCACGAUGACUUUAAGAAGCUUGCUUCUGCUAUAUAUCUUCAAGUAAGCACUAUAAGUCAGGCACUUAUAUUUGUAACAAGAUCCCGAAGUUGGUCUUUUGUAGAGCGUCCUGGUUUGUUGCUUGUUGCGGCAUUUGCAGUUGCUCAAUUGAUUGCUACCUUGAUUGCGGUUUAUGCGAACUGGAAUUUUGCUGCAAUCGAAGGAAUCGGAUGGGGAUGGGCUGGUGUAAUUUGGCUUUACAAUAUCAUCUUCUACUUCCCCCUUGACAUCAUAAAGUUCUUUAUCAGAUAUGCUCUAAGUGGAAGAGCCUGGGAUCUUGUUCUAGAGCGGAGGGUUGCUUUUACGAGGCAAAAGGAUUUUGGAAAGGAACAGCGGGAGCUUAAAUGGGCACAUGCCCAGAGAACCCUCCACGGGCUUGAAGUACCUGACACCAAGAUGUUUAAUGACAAAUCAAAUUUCACCGAGCUCAAUCAAAUGGCCGAGGAAGCUAAAAGGAGAGCCGAAAUUGCCAGGUUAAGGGAACUACACACACUCAAGGGUCACGUCGAAUCAGUUGUGAGAUUGAAGGGUCUUGACAUCGAUACAAUUCAGCAAUCAUACACCGUCUAAGUAACUAAAUAUGUACUUAGGCUAUCCUCAAGCAUAGCGAAAACUGUGCUUUCCCUUGAGCUCGUAGGUCGGCUUUUCAUGUCCAUUUUCGUUUUCCAUGUUUAUAUAAAUUGUUCUUCGGUCAUUUCAGGGAUUUGCAAUCCCCAGCAAUACAACUAAACUGGGAUAUAGAGCAAUCAUAUAUUAUGUCUAUACUUUUUACUUUAUAUAGUAAGGUUCUCUAAGCAUACAAUAUCUA